AUGGCGUGGAGCUCAAAUGACGGCAGGCGUCCCGCUUGGGAGAGCGCCCUAGUUCCCCCUCCCAUCAUGGUCAUGGGAGUGUCCAAGAAGGACCGGAAGCCUCACAAGUUGGUCGAAGCAGCUGCGAGGGGCUCCCUCCUGGGAGGUCACAGCGCUGAUGAGAUCGACAACAUCAACAACCUGGGCGGUGUGGUUUCUGCCUUGGUUUUGUCCUUCGUCUUGGGCUUGCAGUACAUGGUCGCGCCCGGAACGGAGGAGAUGAACCACGCCGACUAUCGGAGCUUGCUGUGCAAAAGCCAGGAGUUCCGCGUCUUUGUUCGGGACGUUUUCAAGACAGAGGAUAUCGGCACGCACAGCGAGGAGUAUUACAACUUCACGCAGCUGGUCAGACCGGGCGUGUACAUGGACGUUGAGCAGUUUCUCAUGACAGAGCUGCAGUCCAUCUGGGGGGAGGCAAGUUCAGGAUCGGACCACAUAGACUGCAUCGGGGACAAAGAUGUCCAGACGGUAGUAGCCCUGACCUACGACGACUUUCCCACCAAGAGGCUUCACGCCUUCGCCCUGCAGUCGGGGGAUUUCUACCGCUGGUCGGAGGUCAACGAGCGCAUCGGAGCCAUCUCUUCAGCUCUGGUUUUCGCUGCUCUUCUUUGGAGUAUCAUCCUGAACUUGAGCCUGGCCUUGGCACCGGUGCGCGAGGACUCCACGGGGACGGCGCUGGUCGCAUGGCUGAUGAUCGGAGGGCCCAUGAUGAUCUUGAACUACAUUUUCCUACUGGUGGGCCUGAUCCUUUUCUUCGUGACCCAUGGCCGCCAGCUGAUGGCCGUGAGCCCCUUCUCCGGGGCGACGUCCUCGAACACCGUCGUCGUCUCCCUCUUCAGCAUCCUCCUUCCAAUCUUUGUCGUGGGCUUGCUGUUGGGAGCUUCGUCCAAGAUCUGGGCGGACUACAACGCGCCGAAGCUGGUAGCGGCCGGCGCAGAGGGAGGCCCGGGGGAGGUGCAAGUAAAGUCGGAUGGCGAAGUUGCCGACGAGCCGUCAAGCAUGAAAGCAGAAGAGAAUUGA